AAAAGACUCUAAAAGCUUGAAGCUUUUAUUACCUUGUCUACCAUUGAAACGCCAUAAAUAUAACACUUCACUCCUUCCUUCUUCCCCUACUUGCCACUCUCUCUUACUCUCUCUCUUUCUCUCUCUAACGGGACAAGAGAAAUACCAGAAAGAACGCAACUCAAACUCCAUUUAUUUAAUACUCCUUUCCUCCAUUCUCCAUCACUUUCCCUAAAAAAUGGGCUCUGACAACCUCUUGUUCAAAUCUCACUAACUCACUCUUCGCUCAUAUAUUCCUCCCAAACCCCUCAUCUGGGUUUUCAAACUCAUUCCUUAAACCCUUUCAAAAAUGAUCACUCUUUUAGACCUUUACCAUGUCUUGACAGCAGUGGUGCCUCUAUAUGUGGCCAUGAUCUUGGCUUACGGCUCUGUAAAAUGGUGGAAAAUCUUCAGCCCUGACCAGUGCUCUGGAAUCAAUCGUUUUGUGGCACUUUUCGCUGUACCACUCCUCUCUUUCCACUUCAUCUCCACCAAUAAUCCGUACGCCAUGAACUUCAGAUUCAUAGCUGCAGAUACGCUCCAAAAAGUGAUCGUCUUGGGGGUCCUUUUAGUUUGGUCCAGAGCCAGUGCUAGAGGGUCCUUGGAAUGGUCCAUAACACUCUUCUCACUCUCCACUCUCCCAAACACACUCGUUAUGGGCAUUCCUUUACUUCAAGGAAUGUACGGUCACGAUUCUGGAAGCUUAAUGGUCCAAAUCGUUGUCCUCCAAUGCAUCAUCUGGUACACCUUAAUGCUCUUCUUGUUCGAAUAUAGAGGAGCUCGGAUCUUGAUCGGCGAGCAGUUUCCAGACACGGCAGGCUCCAUUAUAUCCUUCAGAGUUGACUCUGAUAUCAUCUCUCUAGAUGGAAAAGAGCCACUACAGACCGAUGCUGAAGUCGGAGAAGAUGGAAAGCUGCACGUGACGGUUCGGAAGUCAACGAGCUCAAGGUCGGAGAUAUUCUCCAGGCGUUCUCAUGGUCCCAACUCUGGUGUGUCGUUGACUCCCAGACCUUCUAACUUGACCAACGCAGAGAUAUAUUCACUUCAGUCUUCCAGAAACCCAACCCCACGAGGCUCGAGCUUUAACCACACUGACUUUUACUCCAUGGUCAACGGUGGUGGUGGGAAGAACAUGUUGAGCAAUGUGAGCCCCCGGCAUUCCAAUUUUGGCAACAUUGGUUAUGAUGAAGAAGUUGGUGGGAGAGGAAAUGGUGUGGUUUUUCAGCAAGGGAACAAUGGAGGUUAUCCUGCUCCGCCGAGUGCCGGUAUAUUUUCUCCGGUUGCUGGACCUGGUGGGAAGAAGAAACCAAAUGGGUCUGCUCCUCCUGCUACUGCUGCUGAUGGUGGUGGUAAAGAUCUCCACAUGUUCGUAUGGAGCUCCAGCGCUUCGCCUGUAUCUGAUGUUUUCAGAGGUGGAGACUUCGGCCAUGGGAAUGAGCUUGGUGGGGUACCUCAUAACCCAAAAGACUAUGACGAGUAUGGUCGCGAUGAGUUCACCUUUGCAAAUAGACAGGUCUCAAAUGGCAUCGACCGAGAAGGUCCGGUGCUUUCGAAGCUUGGUUCUAGCUCAACGGCUGAGCUUCACCCCAAGGCUGCAUCUCAGGCUGAUUUAAAGCCAACAGCAAUGCCACCAGCCAGUGUUAUGACAAGGCUUAUUCUUAUAAUGGUUUGGAGAAAACUAAUCCGUAAUCCAAACACUUACUCUAGCCUCAUUGGCCUAACCUGGUCGUUGGUCUCAUUCAAGUGGCAUGUUGCAAUGCCUGCUAUCAUAGCCAGUUCCAUCAAAAUUUUAUCUGAUGCAGGCCUUGGAAUGGCCAUGUUCAGUCUUGGUUUGUUUAUGGCUUUACAACCGAGGAUUAUUGCUUGUGGGAACUCAGUUGCUACUUUUGCCAUGGCUGUAAGAUUUCUUAUGGGUCCUGCAGUCAUGGCUGCAGCCUCUAUUGCUGUAGGACUGAAAGGGGUUCUGUUACAUAUUGCUAUUGUACAGGCUGCUCUUCCACAAGGAAUUGUCCCAUUUGUGUUUGCCAAGGAAUACAAUGUCCACCCUGACAUACUGAGUACUGGGGUUAUAUUUGGUAUGCUAAUUGCUCUUCCUAUCACUCUAGUUUACUACGUCUUGCUGGGACUUUGAAGCAUAAGAGGAAAAUAUGUUGAGAGAAACUCAGUUGUUACUUAGCUAGUGUUUCUCUUAUUACUUUUUUUUUUUUUGCCAUCUAACUGAAGAGCAAACAUUAUAUAGAUUUUGAGAAACUUAGAGAAGAAGAAGAAGAAAAAGAAGAAGAAAGAAAGAUUUUGUUCCGCAAAACCGAAGGACAAGGGUAAUUAGAAUGAAGAAAAGGACAAGAGAAUGUGGAAAAUGAAUAUAUUAACAUAUGAAAAAGAAGCAGAAUAGGAUAUUUUUAUUUUGGUUGUCCUUUUGUAGAUUUGAUGAACCUUGUGCCUUCUACUUGUGUUGUUUUGAUGAUGACAAGGAAAGUGAAGCUUGUUUUUAUUAAA